GCCUGCUGGGUAGAAGACGGCCAGUCAGCUCGGCGCCAUUUUGUGGCGAGGGAGCGGGGGCUGCGGGCGUGUGUUCGGCGCCGCGCAGUGGCGGUCAGAGCCGUGCCGGAGACUUGCGGAUCGUGGGCAGCGCCAUGGGCUCGGAUAAGCGCGUGAGCAGGACGGAGCGCAGCGGCCGUUACGGCUCCAUCGUGGAGAGGGAGGACCGCGACGAGCGGGAGUCGCGGAGCCGCCGCAGGGACGACUACAAGCGGUCCAGCGAGGAGCGCCGCGGGGACCGCUACGACGACUAUCGCGACUACGACAGCCGCGACUACGAUAGCCGAGACUACGACAGCCGCGAUAGCCGAGACUGCCGCGACUACGACAGCCGCGAUAGCCGGGACUGCAGAGAUUACGAUAGUCGCGACGGCCGCGACUGCAGGGACUACGACAGCCGCGACUGCCGAGAUUACGACAGCCGGGACAGCCGCGACUACGAUUGCCGGGACUACGACAGCCGCGACAGCAGGGACUACGACAGCCGCGACAGCAGGGACUACGACAGCCGGGACUACGACAGAGACUACGACAGCCGCGACUACGACAGCCCCGAGAGGGAGCGAGAGCGCAGGAACAGCGAUAAAUCCGAGGACGGGUACCACUCCGAUGGCGACUAUGGAGAGCACGACUACAGAAACGACAUCAACGACGAGAAGGAAAGCAAGACCAUCAUGUUGCGUGGCCUGCCCAUCACGGUUACCGAGAACGAUAUCCGGGAGCUUAUUGAGUCCUUUGAAGGUCCUCAGCCUGCAGACGUGAGGCUGAUGAAGAGAAAAACAGGUGUAAGCCGUGGUUUCGCCUUCGUGGAGUUUUAUCACUUUCAAGAUGCUACCAGCUGGAUGGAAGCCAAUCAGAAAAAGCUGGUGAUUCAGGGGAAGCAGAUUGCGAUGCACUACAGCAACCCGCGGCCUAAAUUUGAGGACUGGCUUUGCAACAAGUGCUGUCUUUACAACUUCAGAAGGAGACUGAAAUGCUUCCGCUGUGGAGCGGACAAAUUUGAUUCAGAGCAGGAGGUACCACCUGGAACAGCAGAAGCCGUCCAGUCCGUGGAUUAUUACUGUGAUACCAUCAUUCUCCGAAACAUUGCUCCUCACACAGUAGUGGAAUCCAUCAUGACUGCCUUGUCUCCGUAUGCCUCUCUGGCAGUCAAUAAUAUUCGUCUUAUCAAAGACAAGCAGACUCAGCAAAAUAGAGGCUUUGCAUUUGUGCAGCUGUCUUCUGCCAUGGAUGCUUCUCAACUGCUGCAGAUUUUACAAAGUCUUCAGCCACCAUUAAAAAUUGAUGGCAAAACAAUUGGUGUUGACUUUGCAAAGAGUGCCAGAAAGGACUUGCUUCUGCCAGAUGGGAACAGGGUCAGUGCCUUCUCUGUGGCAAGUACAGCCAUUGCUGCAGCACAGUGGUCAUCCACUCAGCCUCAAACCGGAGAAGGCAGCACCCUUGACUACAGCUACCUCCAGUCAGGACAGGAUGGCUACACGCAGUACACUCAGUACUCCCAGGAUUAUCAGCAGUACUACCAAAACCAAGGAGGUGUGUUGGACUCAGAUGCAGCUACCAUAUCAGGAGCCCCAGUCACCACCACCACGGCUGCCGUUGUGUCCCAGAGUCCCCAGCUCUACAACCAACAGACGAACUCGCCUGACUCCCCGACACAAGCAGCACCAGCCACCACCAGCACUCAGGCACAAACAGCUGCCCCAACUGGUGUCGUCCCUGGAACCAAGUAUGCUGUCCCUGAUACAUCCACCUACCAGUAUGAUGAAUCUUCAGGAUAUUACUAUGAUCCUGUUACAGGGCUCUACUACGAUCCUAACUCUCAGUAUUACUACAAUGCCUUAACUCAGCAGUAUCUGUACUGGGAUGGUGAAAAAGAGACCUACAUGCCUGCAGCAGAGGGUAUCACAUACCAACAAACGGCGACCGCAACCACCACAAAAGAAGUGAAGGAGAAGAAAGAGAAGCCUAAGAGCAAAACAGCUCAACAGAUCGCUAAAGACAUGGAGCGCUGGGCCAAGAGCUUGAACAAGCAGAAAGAGAAUUUCAAGAACAGUUUCCAGCCGCUGAGCACGAGGGAGGAGGAGCGGAAGGAGUCUGCAGCUGCAGAUGCAGGCUUUGCCCUUUUUGAGAAGAAGGGCGCUCUGUCUGAGAGGCAGCAGAUCCUACCAGAGGUGAUGAAAAAUGGGGAAGAUGAAAAUCCCUUGAAGCGUGGCCUCGUGGCUGCCUACAGCGGUGACAGCGAUAACGACGAGGACUUGCUAGAAAGAAUGGAGAAUGAGGAGGAGAAGCUGACUGACUGGAAGAAGAUGGCCUGCCUGCUGUGUAGAAGGCAAUUCCCAAACAAAGAUGCGCUGAUUCGGCACCAGCAGCUGUCGGACUUGCACAAGCAAAACAUGGAUAUCUAUAGGAGAUCAAAGCUUUCAGAACAGGAACUUGAAGCCUUGGAACUGCGUGAGAGAGAGAUGAAAUACAGAGACAGAGCAGCUGAGAGGCGAGAGAAGUAUGGCAUCCCAGAGCCCCCGGAGCCAAAGCGCAAGAAGGUGUACGAUGCUGGCACAGUUAAUUACGAGCAGCCCACCAAAGAUGGCCUUGACAACAGUAAUAUAGGCAACAAGAUGCUGCAGGCCAUGGGCUGGAGGGAAGGUUCAGGCUUGGGAAGAAAAUGCCAGGGCAUCACUGCACCUAUUGAGGCCCAAGUGCGAAUGCGAGGUGCUGGUUUGGGAGCCAAGGGCAGCUCCUAUGGUGUUUCUACUGCAGAUUCCUACAAAGAUGCAGUGCGGAAAGCCAUGUUUGCUCGCUUCACAGAGAUGGAGUAAAGUCUGUACCCUGGUGACGUGGCUGUAUGCUGGUUAUGGGUUAGAGCUGACCAUUUCAUUCCCUUGGACUUUUUCCCCUCUCGGCAUGUCACACUUCCACGAGCAGAUUGUGCAGGCUGCCCCAACUUCAUGCUGGAGAGCUCCUCGCUAGACCAAAGGGGAUGCUGAUCUUUGUACGGUCCUGUAUAUAGUGUAAUGUAUUCUGUGUUCGGAGCGUCUCGUCUGGAUGCUGCUCCUGCCCUCCAGAGCAGGGCUGGGACGUGUCAGCUGUGGUUUCACACCGUCUCUGCUCUCCUUUUGUUGUAUCGUUUGUCUCUUUUUUUUUUUUGAGAACUUUCCUGUACAUUUUGUAUGAUACAUCUUUGUAUAGACUUUUUGAAGACUCGGAUUCUAGUUGCCAGUUUGGCUCAUUUCCAAAUGAAAUACAUCCAAAAGUGUUUCUCUUACUGUUUUCUCGUUGGGUUGAAUGAAGAAUAAGUUGUCAAUGCUGCUUGUC